AGCCCUAUCAAAUAAAACAUUUAUCAAAUGUUCUGCUAGUUAGUAUGAGUACAUAAAAAUAUGUAUCCAGAAAGAAAUGUAUCACUUUGCGUCGAAAAUGGUUUAAAGACUUUAAAGUAUUAUUAUAUUUAUUAUAAUUAUAACACUACAAUUAUUAUUAGACAUGUUGUCCUACAUGUUUUGUCUUGCGUUGUUGGUUGCCCCCUGCCUGGAUUGGUACAGCUCAGGAGGAGGAGUUUGGUUACGUCCUCAGUCUUGGAGAGACUCUCCAGGCCAGUGGAUCCCAGCUCGUCGGUCCGCACCGCACACACACACACACACACACACACACUGCACUCUGCCCGAGAAGGAGGCUGAGACGAUGCCUCUGGAGAAAUAACCGCAAUGGAAAACAAACGAAUCCUUUCAUAAUGACCUGCUCCAUCUCACCAAACAUGGCUCCUUAUGCUGUUUCGAGGAGGAGGUGAGAGCGGCAACGGUGGAAGCUCAAGAUUGAAGCGCUUUUCUUGGAGGUGGAGGAAGGGGGGUGCCCGCGACGCUGUCUUGUCUUGUAAGAGGAUAAAGAGGGGGGAAAGGGAAAUCAAGCUAUUUUUAAGCUGGACUAUCCUCCCGGUGACACCAUGACCAGCGGGCCGGAUGAGAGCUCGGUACGCGUCGCUCUGAGGAUCCGUCCUCAGCUGGCCAAAGAGAAGAUCGAGGGCUGUCACAUCUGCACCUAUGUGAUGCCCGGGGAGCCACAGGUGUUCUUGGGUAAGGACAAGGCCUUCACCUACGACCAUGUCUUUGACAUGGACAGCCAGCAAGAAGCCAUCUACACCCACUGCACUGAGAAACUCAUUGAAGGCUGCUUUGAGGGCUACAACGCCACUAUCUUUGCAUAUGGACAGACGGGUUCGGGGAAGACCUACACCAUGGGAACCGGCUUUGACGUCAACAUCGAAGAGGACGAGCUGGGUAUCAUUCCCCGGGCCGUCAACCACCUGUUCCGAGGGAUCGAGAAGCGCAGACAGGCUGCCACCGAGCAGGGCCGGCCUGUUCCUGAGUUCAAGAUCAACGCACAGUUCCUGGAGUUGUACAACGAGGAUGUGCUGGACUUGUUCGACUCAACGCGAGACAUAGAGGCCAGGAAGCAGAGGUCCAAUGUCAAAAUCCACGAGGACGCCAACGGAGGCAUCUACACCGUGGGGGUCACCACUCGCACAGUCACCUCUGCAGCGGAGAUGAUGCAGUGUCUGAAACUGGGCGCCCUGUGUCGUACCACCGCCAGCACUCAGAUGAAUGCUCAGAGUUCACGCUCUCACGCCAUCUUCACCAUCCACCUGUGCCAAGUGCGAGUCUGCUCUCCCGAUAACGAUGAUAAUACAACAGACAACCGUCUAGCAAACGAGUCCGAGAUUAAUGAGUUUGAGACGCUGACAGCCAAGUUCCACUUUGUGGACCUGGCUGGUUCUGAGAGACUGAAGAGAACUGGUGCUACAGGGGACAGAGCUAAAGAGGGCAUCUCCAUCAACUGUGGACUGCUAGCUCUGGGAAACGUCAUCAGUGCUCUGGGAGACAGGAGUAAGCGAUCCACUCACGUGCCUUACAGAGACUCCAAACUGACCCGGCUGUUACAAGACUCACUAGGCGGUAACAGUCAGACAGUGAUGAUCGCGUGUAUCAGCCCGUCGGACCGGGACUUCAUGGAGACCUUGAACACUUUGAAGUACGCCAACAGGGCCCGAAACAUUAAGAACAAGGUGGUGGUGAACCAGGACAGAGCCAGCCAGCAGAUCAGCGCCCUGAGGACGGAGAUAGCACGACUGCAGAUGGAGUUGAUGGAGUACAAGACGGGGAAGCGCAUGGUGGGUGAAGAUGGAAUGGAGGGCAUGAACGACUUGGUCCACGAGAACUCCAUGCUGCAGACGGAGAACAACAACCUGAGGGUGAGAGUGAAGGCCAUGCAGGAGACCGUUGACGCCCAGAGAGCCAGACUCACACAGAUCCUCAGUGACCAGGCCAACCAGGCCCUGGCUAAAGCAGGUGAAGGCAGUGAAGAAAUCGGGAACAUGAUUCAUAACUACAUCAAAGAAAUUGAAGAGCUCAGAGCUAAACUUCUUGAAAGUGAGGCUGUGAGCGAGAAUCUCAGGAAGACUUUGUCUCGGGCCUCCACGCGCUCCUCGCUGUACGGCGGCCCCAGCUCCUUCUCCCCCGCCCUCCUCGCCCCCGAUAAAGAGGCCAGUGACGUCAUCGAGAUGGCCAAGAAAGACCUGGAGAAGCUCAAGAAGAAGGAGAAGAAGAAGAAGAGGAGACUAAGGCGAUAUGAAGAGAAUCACCAUCAGGAGGUUGAACAUGCCAGCGUUGUCAAAGAGGAAAUGCCAGACAACGAGCAGGAGCGAGGCACAGAGGAGGCAGAGGUGGAGGGCAGCGACCACGAAGACGGCGAGGAUGCAGAUGGUGAGGAGGAGGACUUUGACGUGGCGGGAGAUGAGACAUCUGAUGGGUCUGACUCUGAAGAACUGGAGGAGAAAGAAAACGUCCAGGCCGACCUGGCCAACAUCACCUGUGAGAUCGCCAUCAAGCAGAAGCUGAUAGACGAGCUGGAGAACAGCCAGCGGCGCUUGCACACUCUCAAACAGCAGUACGAGCAGAAGCUGAUGAUGCUGCAGAACAAGAUCAAAGACACACAGCUGGAGAGGGACAAGGUGCUGCAUAAUAUGGGUUCAAUGGAGUCGGGUACGGAUGAGAAAGCCAAGAAGGUCAAGGCGGAGUAUGAGAGGAAGCUGAGCUCCAUGAACAAAGAGCUGCAGAAGCUCCAGUCCGCUCAGAAGGAGCACGCCCGCCUGCUGAAGAACCAGUCACAGUACGAGAAGCAGCUCAAGAAACUCCAGCAGGACGUGACCGAGAUGAAGAAGACCAAGGUGGCGCUGAUGCGUCAGAUGAAGGAGCAGCAGGAGAGAAACCGAGCCACAGAGUGCAGGAGGAACAGGGAGAUCGCCUCUCUGAAGAAAGACCAGCGCAGAGCGGAGCAUCAACUGAAGCAGAUGGAGGCCCAGAAAAGACAACAGGAACUGAUUCUUCGCAGGAAGAAUGAAGAGGUGACAGCUCUUAGGCGGCAGGUGAGGCCGGUGUCUGGGAAGGCGAGCAGGAAAGUGAGCUUACCUGAGCCUCCCCAGGAGCCGUCACAUAGAGCCACCCCAGGGAGGGUGCAUGCCUCUGGAGCAUCCCCAUCCAAUGGAGCCAGGAGUUCCCCGGUGCGGAUGGGACGCACAUACCUCAGCAGGACGGCCAGGGCCAAAUGGCAGUCACUGGAGAGACGUGUCACUGACAUCAUCAUGCAGAGGAUGACCAUCUCUAACAUGGAGACAGAUAUGAACAGACUGCUGAAGCAACGGGAGGAGCUGACCAAGCGGAGGGAGCGAGUGUCCAGAAAGAGAGAAAAGACGGCGGUGGAGGGCGCAGAUGCCGACCGCUCCCUGGCCUCCAUGAACGAGGAGCUAGAGUCUUUGAGCGCCAACAUCGACUAUAUCAACGACAGCAUUGCCGACUGCCAGGCCAACAUCAUGCAGAUGGAGGAGGCCAAGGAGGAAGGAGACACAGUAGAUGUUAACGCGGUGAUCAGCUCCUGUAAUUUAUCCGAAGCCCGCUUCCUUCUGGACCAUUUCAUGACUAUGGCCAUCAAUAAGGGUCUGCAGGCGUCUCAGAAGGAUUCCCAGCUGAAGGUGAUGGAGGGCAGGUUGAAGCAGACAGAGAUCAACAGCGCCACCCAGAACCAGCUGCUGUUCCACAUGCUGAAGGAGAAAGCGGAGAUCAACCCAGAGCUGGAUGCUCUGCUGGGCAGCGCCCUGCAAGAGAACGGAGACGACAGCAGUAGUGACGAGUCCACCCCCAGUCCCGCCACAGAGGGCAGCACAUUGGCAUCAGAUCUACUGAAGUUAUGCGGUGAAUCCAGGCCGAGAGGCAAGGCUCGCAGGCGGACCACCACCCAGAUGGAGCUGCUGUAUGCCAGCAGUGGGGAGCUGUCCUGUGAAUCCCCCACCGGAGACUUCUCAGCCCCUCUGCUGCCGCUCUCAGAGUGCCUGGAAGGGCCGGCAGACAUGCAGGGUCACGCGCUUGGUCAAACCCCUGACCGCGAGCAAACUGUUUCCCCGUCUGCACUGUCUGCCAGGCCAGCUGGCAUUUCUGGAUCCAGGUCGCCAACAGGGACUGAGAGGAGGCACCUGGAGCGCUCGCCCCUCAGCCGCAGGAAAACGCAAGAGAAAGGAGCCACGGCCACGCACAUCCCAGCACCCACACACACACCUCCGCUCUGCACAGCAGAGGUGAAAAGUAAAGGCACUGACUACAAACCACUAUUGGAGGAGUCACCUGUAUUUGAAGGCCAUAGAGGUGUGAUCAACCCAGUGACGGCCCCUAAGAACAGCCGUGGGGCCAAACUCCAGUGUGUCUACGUAGCAGAGGGCCACACCAAACCUGUUCUCUGCGUAGACGCCACAGAUGAUCUGCUCUUCACAGGAUCCAAAGACCGUACAUGUAAAGUCUGGAACUUGGUGACGGGUCAGGAGAUCAUGUCUCUAGCAGAUCAUCCCAGCAGCGUCGUCUCAGUCAGGUACACUUCCAGUCUCGUCUUCACUGUUUCCACUGCUUACAUCAAAGUCUGGGACAUACGAGACUCUGCCAAAUGCAUCCGCACACUCACGUCAUCAGGCCAGGUGGGUUCAGGGGACAUCUGCUCCUCUGUCAGGAGUUUAUCCAUCCCACCAGGAGAGAGUCAGAUCAACCAGAUUGCUCUCAACCCUUCCGGCUCCUUCCUUUAUGCUGCUGCUGGCAAUGCUGUGCGCAUGUGGGACCUCCGCAAGUUUGUGUCCACAGGCAAGCUGACUGGACAUUUGGGACCGGUCAUGUGUCUGACUGUUGACAAAUUAGGUAAUGGACAGGAUGUUGUCCUCACUGGCUCCAAAGACCACCAUGUUAAGAUGUUUGAGGUGGCAGAAGGUGCUCAAGGUAGCAUUAGCUCCUGCCAUACGUUUGAUCCCACUCAUCAGGACAGUGUGGAGUCUCUGGCCGUGCAGGGAGAUGUUUUCUACAGUGGCUCCAGAGACUACUACAUCAAGAAGUGGGACUUGGCCAGUAAACAACUACUACAGCAGUCUGUCAGCGCCCAGGCAGACUGGGUUAGCGCUCUGGGCGUGGUGCCAGGCUCCCCGGUGCUGCUCAGCGGAUGCAGAGGAGGGCUGCUGCGCCUCUGGCACGCCGACUCACUUGCGCCUCUCGGCGAGGUCCGGGGACACGACAGUCCCAUCAACGGCCUGGCCACCAACAGCAGCCAACUGUUCACUGCCUCAGAUGACCGCACAGUGAAGAUUUGGGAAGCCAAAGGAUCUCUGGAGGAUGGAGUCCACUGACACUUAAUUCCUCAUAGUCCCAGACUACUGUCUACUGGCUUCUGCCCAAUCAAAAUUAAUCAUUUGUGAAGCAACUACACCACCUAUUACGUGAUGAAGCAUUGGAUGGGAGCCCAAAGUGGGUCUGGGGCCUGAAAGUGUGUGGUCCCAGCCUGAAAAUGAUCUUUUAAACAACACUGAUCCUUCACUGAAGCUCCACAGGGAUCAGUUUCAGGGAAGUCUAAUUAGAUGCGACGGCUCUCACUCUUUCAAGCUGAGUGUAUUUACAGAUUUUUAUUUUUUAGGUCAAGACUGAUCACAACGGAGCCUCUAAAGUCUCCAAGAGUCUCUCAAGAGCUCCAAGGACUAUACAACAGCUGCGAUGGACGUUGCUUUCAUAACUGUGACAGAAUAAAGUAAAAAUAUGGAGUUACGGAGCUUUGUCAGUCAAUCCAGGAGUCUCUCCUGUUCUUAACAUUCCUCUCCUCAGUCCAGCACUAGACAACAUGAAUACCUUCUAUGCAUAUUUUAGAUUUUGCCAGAGUUGCUGAGAACAAAAAACAAAACAGGUUUUGGUUAAAUGCUUUGCUUCUGUGCACCAUAUUGUUGUCCAUCAAAACUAAGAUUGCUGUGUACGGAAACAUGACAUGGAGAUCUUCUGCUCACCAGCAGUAACUGUGAGUCUGUCCUGUGUGUUCACAUGAUGUGUUGUGUGUUCCUGUCAUUGCUUUCCAGGUCAUUUCGGAUAUGUGUUCUCUGUAACCAAGGACCAAAUAACUACUGAAACUGUGUAUGGUCUUAUUCUUGAGUUGUUACUGCCAAACCCUCUAGUGGAACAUCAGUGGCCUCUAAAUAAAGCAUACUGCUCUCCUUUGACAGGGUUCUUUAAAGUGUUCCACUUCAAAUUUCUGUAUUUUUUCAAGUGUUUCAGUCUGUGUCAAGUCAGUAUUCAUUAAAUCAACUGUUAAUCUGAUAUGAUGUCUCUAUAAAACUGUUAUUAAGGCUGAACAACAAAAUUCCAACAUACAGCCUAACAAAAGCAGAGAGCAGUAACUACAGAAACAGUAAAGUUGGGGUAAAUGAGCUUGAAGUUUCAAGGCUACUUAGUUAACCAGAGGAACAGAUUGAUUUUUAAAAAACAGCACAUGAAGAAACAUGUUUUCUUUAGCUUUCUUGUCUGAUAGCACUGACUGAAUUCAAAUGAAUUCAUCUAUGAUUUAAUACAUUUAAAUAUAUGAUCUAAAGGUAGCUUGACCACAUCAAAUUAUGUAAAUUCCUUUAGUUUCUGAGGCUGAGACAGCAGUUACUGCUACUCUGCUAAGCUAGGCUAGUUUGCUUUUAGCAGGACUAGUUUAACUGGUGUUACGUUUAUGAUCAGAUUUAGCUACUGCUACUGAGAUGUUGGAAGGUAAAACAAAGGUGAUUUUAAAUGCUGGAACUGGGUAGGGGAAAAUGAAUAAAUUAGCUUUCACCAGCUGGCCUUAGUCCGCAGUUUGGUGUUACCUGUUGUUGUACCAAAUUUAAUAUAUUUUGUACAUUCUAUGCUAUAGUGACUUUAUAGAUGGUAACAGAUCUCACAGAUUGUGUUCUUAACUCAGUUAUGACCAAUAUAGUUACUGCCUAUUGGCUCUGCAGUGCAGCAUAGAGUUAGCCCACCUUUAAUCUUUACUUUUAUCUGUAAUUUAUUGUUAAACCCAGGUCGAAUACAUUACAUCCAGAUUAAAAUUGAAAACAAUAUAGUAAGUUUUUCUCAAACUUUCACAACAGCUUCCAUAGUCCAGUCAGUAAUGUGUUGUAAGUGGUCACAAAUGGCAGCUGGGUUUCUGGUUUCAGUAUUCUCAAGUUGAUACCCAGUGGUUUUCUUUAAGGAUUUGUAGCCUUAAGUGGUGUUUUCGUUUCCUGCUGAAUGGUUUUACUUUCCUGUCAGCAUGCUCCUCUCUGGCUUCUCUGACCUGCAUCUCUUGUGGUCUCCAGAAAACAUUUCCUCACUUCCAGGAUUUCAUCAUUCAGCUGAAAAGUUACCCACUGAGUAUUUAACCUUCCGAAGCUGUGCCACACUGAAGUAUGGCUUUGGCAGCAAGUGCUUUUCAGAAACUUUUGCCAGUACCAUAUUGUAUGUACUUCAACCAUUUGAGGAGAAGAUACUUUAAUGAGUUAUUGUUUCUAAUUUGAAUAAUGCAAAUGUUAAUCAUUCAUGUUCAUGGAAUCGAGCACCUUGUAAUUCCUAGGUCAUACAAUGGAUGUGACGUGUAUUUUGUGAGAACAUCUAUUUCCUAAAAGAUGUGGGGGUUUAUUCAAUCCAAAUGAUGUGAUAUGUUUUCUUUCCGUUCUCCAUUGUUUGCCCGUGCUGUCUUAGUCUCUCAGUCUUUUAUAUUUGAGUUUAGAUGCUACUAUUUAUUUAUUUUGUCAUUGAUUUUUGACUUUGUUGUUGUGUCUUCCUUAUCAAGCAGAGAUUUUGAACAAAUUUCCAUCUAAUGCCUCUGACACCUUAGCAUCAUAGACAAUGGACUGAACAGAAUAUAUGGGAUGGAAUUUUCCAUAAUCAGAUGUAUUAUCAGUGCCUGUAAUUAACUAUAAACUAAACUGUGGGUAGUAACUAUAAAUGCGCACUUUUCCUUAUUAACAAGGUCAGAUUACCAAUUAAUCAUGAUCAACUGUAUCAUGAGUAUACAUUUAAGUUACUGGAAAAAGACUUGCUCUGUUUUGGAUAUUGGAGGUAAACACUGUUGGCAAUGCUGGAGUCGAUAAAAUAAUUGCACUGAAAUAUCAACAUUUUUGCAAUUUGAACUCACUUUUCCCCUAGUGUCUUACAACAUAGUUUAAUGCACAGAACUGAAUUAAAUAAAAUUUCUAAAUAAAUAUUCCCAAAAUGAGACAAUGUCAGCUGUAAGUAUUCCUAAUAAAUUAGAUAGGCUGCUUAAAAAUCGUAGUUCUAUCUUGUUUUUGAAACUUGACUGUAAAUCUGAUCUUGUGUAAAUACGAGUGUUGUUUUUCUUCCUGCUGAUUCUCUUGUGCACAAUUUCAAGUGAUUAAAAUAUCAGAUGCAGUGUGAAAAUUAAUUUUGAAAUAAAAAGUGUUUUUGCAGA